UUUUUAAUAUUAAUUGUCAUUGUGUCUUUCUCGCAGCCAUUUUAAUUUCAUUGAAUUUUUACUGUUUUGGAUUUUUGACGACGAAGUUGUGUCAGUUUUUAUGUUUUAACAGCUGAUGUUUAACAAAACGUGAAAAUUAUUGAUCACAACGACUUCGAUACGAAUAAUUUAUUAUAAUAGUAUCUGCGCACUAGUUUGUAAAACCUGUAACAUUAUUUUGUUAUGAUUCGUUAAACAUCCUUGGAAUCUCUUAAAUUGAAAGUAGUAAUUGUUGAAAACAUGGAAUCUCCCAGACAGUCAGACUCUGAUACUGUCGAGUAUUGGAAGAAACAAGCUAAGUACUAUGAACAAAAAGUUAGCGAUAUACAACAAGAAUUAGAUGAAUACACUGAGAAUUCAGCACAACUUGAGAAAGAGUUAGAAGCAUCAUUAGUACAAGUUGAGAAACAAAACAGAGAUCUGGAACAUCAGAAUCAACGGCUUAAAAAUGAAAUUGAAAUGUUAAGGAGCAAAUUGGAAAGAAGUCAGCAAGAAACUAAUGCAUUAGAAAAUGAACUGCAAGCCUUAAAAAUAGAUAAAGAUAAACAAGGAGUAUACAUCAGGGAGUUAGAGCAAAAAAAUGAUGAUUUAGAGAGAGGACAGAGAGUUAUAUCAGAAUCUGUGUCAUGCAUUGAAUCACUUCUAAAUCAAGCCUAUGAAAGAAAUGCAGUUUUAGAGAGUGAAGUAGAUGAAAUUGAGACCUUGAGGGUGAGAUUGCAGAGAGCAACGGAUGAAGCCAGAGAUCUGAAGCAUGAAUUGAAAGUAAUGGAAAAAGUUCCAAAACCAAAGAAGGGAGAUGAAAGUACAAUUGAAGGUUCUUUAGUGAAUGGUCAUAUUUCAAACCCGUCUCGAACUCAAGUUGAGAUAGAAACGCAAACGUCUCUAAUGUCACCACAAAAACGCGAAAUUAAUGGCAACGGAAUGACACCAUCAUCUCGAGUAACAGCUAUAAAUAUAGUCGGCGAUUUACUGCGCAAAGUGGGGCUUGAAAGGUUUCUUUGCCGUGAGUGUGGUAAGGUUAAAUGCUCCUGUGACACGCCUCCAGCUGCUUCGCAUAUAACAACGCCGAGCCACUCCAGCGCCAGCACAGACAAUGGAUUAAAUCAUAAUCAUAAUGAUUUAGAUAACGGUGAUUCCGUUGAGUACAGAAACAAAAGAGUAUACGUAAGGUCGCAUUCGGGAUCGGAACACGAUCAGAUAUCGAGGAAACCACCUGUGUUAGCACAACGUGCUUCAGAAACACCGUUUGUGCGAUCUACACAGACAGAAAGCGGAAAGUUGAGAAGAUCCUUUGCCGUACGGUCCCGCGAGGGCUUAGAAAACCUUCUGAGUUUUGCUUCUAUCAGAAAAGGGCAUGAUCAAACUAAAAAAGUACAAAAUUAAUGAGAUUUUAAGUGUUUUGUUGUGAUAGGCAAUUGUACAAUAAAUAGUAGCUUUACUAGAUUAUAUUUUUAAUGACAUAAAUGUUGUUUAUGUUUU